AUGGCACUAUCAGCUUCCCAGGUUCAGGAAGAACUGCAGCAGGCUGCUGAGAGGCAGUUGAUGAGGAACCAGCUCGCUGCAGCCGCGAGGAGCAUCAACUGGACCUAUGCCCUCUUCUGGUCCAUUUCAAGCACUCGACCAGGGGUGCUGACGUGGACUGACGGGUUCUACAACGGCGAGGUGAAGACGAGGAAGAUCUCCAACUCUGUGGAGCUGACAGCCGACCAGCUCGUGAUGCAGAGGAGCGAGCAGCUCCGGGAGCUGUACGAGGCCCUCCUGUCCGGCGAGUGCGACCGCCGCGCCGCGCGGCCGGUCGGCUCGUUGUCGCCGGAGGACCUCGGCGACACCGAGUGGUACUAUGUGGUCUGCAUGACCUACGCCUUCCAGCCAGGCCAAGGAUUGCCCGGCAGGAGUUUUGGGGGCAACGAGCAUGUCUGGCUGCGCAACGCGCACCUCGCCGACAGCAAAGCCUUCCCACGCGCAGUCCUGGCGAAGAGCGCGUCCAUUCAGUCAAUCAUCUGUAUCCCGCUUAUGGGUGGCGUGCUUGAGCUGGGUACAACUGAUACGGUGCCGGAGGACCCGGACUUGAUCAGCCGAGCAACCGCAGCUUUCUGGGAGCCGCAAUGUCCGACAUACUCGGAAGAGCCGACCUCCAACCCGUCAGCAAACGAAGCCGGCGAGGCCGCAGACAUUGUUGUGUUCGAGGACCAGCUCGGUCACAGUGCCAUGAAGACGACGACUGCCGCUGGAAAUGAACCCGUCAGCUUGUUCAAUGCAAGCCUGGAUCACAUCACGGAUGAGAUCGACGAUUUCUACAGCCUCUUGGAGGAAAUGGUCGUGCGGCCACUACCACUAGAGGAUAGCUUGAUCAUGGUGGACGGCUCUAAUAAUUUCGAAGUCCCGUCAUCCCCGGAGCCACCGUCGCCGGGGGCUACUACUAACAACAACGGUGCCGACACCUCAAGCUCACCAGCUGACGGCUCUCGUGCGACCAGUUUCAUGGCGUGGACGAGGUCCUCGCAGUCGUGCUCCGAUGAAGCGGUGGCGGCAGUGCCGGUCAUCGAAGAGCCGCAGAAAUUGCUGAAGAAAGUGGUGGCCGGCGGCGAAGCUUGGGCGAAUUGCGGUGGCGGGGGCACGGCGGGAACAGCCCAGGAAAGCGGCAUCAAGAACCAUGUCAUGUCAGAGCGAAAGCGCCGGGAGAAGAUCAACGAGAUGUUCCUCAUUCUCAAGUCAUUGGUUCCUUCCAUUCACAAGGUGGACAAAGCGUCGAUCCUCACUGAAACGAUAGCCUACCUCAAGGAGCUUCAGCGAAGGGUACAAGAGCUGGAGUCCAGUAGGGAACUUACAACGCCAUCGGAAACAACAACAAGAACCACAAGGCCCCGUGGCAUUAGCAAUGAGAGUGCCAGGAAGAAACUCUGUGCGGGCUCCAAGAGGGAGAGCCCAGCCCUAGAGGUCGACGGUGAUGUGGUGAACAAGGAGCACCCCUGGGUCCUCCCCAAGGACGGCACCAGCAACGUCACCGUCACCGUCGCGAACACGGACGUGCUACUAGAGGUGCAAUGCCGGUGGGAGGAGCUCCUGAUGACACGGGUGUUCGACGCCAUCAAAAGCCUCCAUUUGGACGUUCUCUCGGUUCAGGCUUCGACACCAGAUGGCUUUAUGGGGCUGAAGAUACGAGCUCAGUUUGCAGGCUCCGGUGCCGUGGUGCCCUGGAUGAUCAGCGAGGCUCUUCAUAAAGCUAUAGGGAAGCGAUGA